UCAGCGGUUAGUCACAGUCGUUGUCUGCAGGUCGUCAUCAAAGCCGUUGUAAUCGAGUAUCGGUUUUAGAAAACCAAACCGUAAAAAAGAAAACACCGGCCUUUACCGGGAUUAAAGAUAUAAACAUUACAAAACGGUGUGUCUGGAUUUGUUACAUAUUUUUUUAAUCUCGUCGAGAUUCGACAUGCUCGCGUUGGUUUAAGUGUACAGUGUGAAAAGUGUAGUGUCAAUUACAUUACCAUUAAACUUUCAAAAUACUUUUAUAUGAUACAAAUAUGGAAACCGAAUCAAACAAUAAGGACACAUCCAUGUCACUUUUGAAUGGCACACAUCCUUCUCUGAGUGAUGACACCUUCAAGCACGCCAGCAGUUCUUUGCUUAAUGUCUUGCCUUCGUUAAGACAUUUAAAAGUGAUUGGAGAACGUGGGUCAGGUUUUCGACCAAAAGCUGGCGAAGUUCAAGACUUUGAAGUAUUAAGAAAUCAAUGUUUACAACGCGGGGCACUGUUUGAAGACCCUGAUUUUGAUACAGUAGACUCAUCGAUAUUUUACAGUCGUAGUCCAGACAGACCUUUUGAAUGGCUCAGACCUAAAGAAAUAGCUGACAAUCCUAUUCUAUUCCACGAGGGUGCUUCGAGGUUUGACGUAAAACAAGGAGAGUUAGGAGAUUGUUGGUUGCUAGCAGCCAUAGCCAAUCUCACGUUGAAUGAAAAGCUCUUGCAUCAAGUUGUACCUAAUGACCAAGGGUUUGAUGAUAAAUAUGCAGGAAUAUUCCAUUUUAGAUUUUGGCAGUAUGGUAGAUGGGUGGAUGUGGUUGUUGAUGAUAGAUUGCCUACUUACUCUGGUAAGUUGGUGUUUCUUAGAUCGGCAACAGAGAACGAGUUUUGGAGUGCUCUACUUGAAAAAGCAUAUGCCAAACUUCAUGGAUCUUACGAAGCAUUAAAAGGGGGUAGUACGUGUGAAGCUAUGGAAGAUUUCACUGGUGGAGUAUCUGAAAUGUUUGAAUUGAAUGAAGCACCACCUAAUCUGUUCACUAUUAUGUUGCACGCUUUUCAGCGUUCCUCAUUGAUGGGUUGUUCUAUUGAGGCUGAUCCAAGUGUCUCUGAGAUGGAAACACCACAAGGUCUUGUAAAAGGUCACGCAUAUAGCAUCACUCGAGUGUCUUACGUGGAUAUAACUACACCAAACACUACUGGCAAAAUUCCGUUGCUCAGAUUAAGAAACCCAUGGGGAAACGAGGCUGAAUGGAAUGGACCAUGGAGUGAUAAAUCUCCGGAAUGGAGGUUUAUUUCCGAAAGUGACAAACAAUCAUUGGGACUUACAUUUGAUGCGGAUGGUGAAUUUUGGAUAUCAUACAAAGACUUUCUCAAGUAUUAUUCAAGGUUAGAAAUUUGUAACUUGAAUCCUGAUCUUCUUGACAAAGAACAACUUGGUGCAGAUGCUAAAAAACGAUGGGAAAUGAGUGUUUUUGAGGGUGAAUGGGUACGAGGCGCAACAGCUGGAGGAUGUCGUAAUUUUCUAGAUACAUUUGCCAAUAAUCCUCAAUAUCGGAUAACUCUUGAAGACCCUGACGAUGAAGACGAAGAAAAUAAGUGUACAGCUAUUAUUGCCUUGAUGCAAAAAAAUCGUCGAGCUAUGCGUAAAAUAGGAGCAGAGUGUUUGACUAUUGGAUUUGCAGUUUAUCAGCUUAUCAAUCCAGACUCACUACCAAAACCUUUAGAUACAAAUUUUUUCAAAUAUAAUGCUUCAACUGCCAGAAGUCCAACAUUUAUUAACCUUAGAGAAAUCAGUAGUCGUUUUAGUCUACCCCCUGGAACUUAUUGUAUUGUUCCUUCCACGUUCGAUCCCAACGAACAAGGUGAAUUCUUACUCAGGGUAUUCUCUGAACAUAAAAAUAACAUGGCGGAACUCGAUGAUGAAAUCGGUAUUGGUGAAGUCGAUGUUAAGAUUAAAGAACAAGAACCAGAACCAGCUAAAGUAGACGCAGCAAAUGAAAAGAUAAAAGAAUUCUUCCUUAAACUGGCUGGAGAAGACCAAGAAGUUGACUGGAUGGAACUUAAAGAAAUUUUGGACUAUGCUAUGAGAAACGAUAUCGCAAGUACAACCCCAACCUCAGAUAAUUUGUUUGUCAAUUUACUACAGAAUUUCUGCCAAGCUUUUUGUCAAAAUACUGCUUUAGGGGCAACAUUUAACAUGGAAAAAGCCGGAUUUUCCAAAGACGUGUGCCGCAGUAUGAUUGCUAUGUUAGACUGGGAUAGAUCGGGUAAAUUAGGAUUUGAAGAGUUUAAAUCGUUGUGGGUAGACAUUAGACAGUGGAAGACUGUGUUCAAAAUGUACGACAAAGAAAGCAAAGGUUAUAUUACUGGAUGUGAAAUGAGACAAGCUUUGAAUUCAGUUGGAUACCAUCUUAAUACUCAUAUACUAAAUGUUCUUUGCCAUCGAUAUGCCACCAAAGAUGGGAACAUUAUGUUUGAUGAUUUUAUUAUGUGUGCUGUUCGGCUUAAGACUAUGAUAGAUAUGUUUAAGGAACGUGAUUCAAACAACAAAAAUAUUGCUUCAUUUUCGUUAGAAGAAUGGGUUGAAAGAACAUUAUAUUCAUAAGUAUCAAAUAACUUCACUGCCUUACAAUGAAUAUUGAUCUGAUAAGGGUAUUAUUUAUUUUUUUAACAAAGCUUUUAUAUUUUUAAAUAUAGGUAUGUAUCAUUGUACCUAAAAUAUGUAAUGCCAAUUAAUUUUAUAGCCUUUAUUGCUAUUGAAUAGCGUAGCUUUAGCUUUAAGAAAGACUUUUAAGCUAUAUUAUUAGUAGAUGUUGUCUAUAUAAUUUGGUGCUUUAAACUAUUAUGAUGUUACACAAAUUUUUGAUACAGUUUUUUAUUAUUUCCAUAAAUACAAAGUUGUACAGGGUUUUUAUUUAAGUUUCUUUAAAAAUCUAUAAAUAGCUAAAAUAUUUUAAUAAUGAAUCAAUGAAGUUAUUGAGAUAUGCUUAAAGUUCAUUAUGAAUGAAGUAUAAAAUAAAAUUUUUCAUGUUUACUUUGUUACUAUAUAAUUUUGUAAGUUGUAUAUUUUCAAAUUGCUUGUUUUGUACAUCUGUUAUGUCAAAAAUAUCAUUAAUUAUUUUCAAUCGAUUUAUAUAAUUUGAUAUAUUGUUAAUUUAUAGUGUUUAUUUGAAAUUAAAAAAUUAUCAUUAUUAUGCCGUUCUUAUAUUAAGUGAUUGUAAAAAUUUUAUUUGAAAAUCUUGUCUGGUUCUAAUUAUGUAUUCAUCUCAGGUACUCACAUUUGUGUAUUAAUAACAAUCGAGGAGCACAGUACAAAAAUAAUAUCGUCAGUUUCCUUUUCUUUAUAGUGUGUAAUUUAAAUAUAUGAAUUUAACAAUAAUGUAUUUUUUUACAGGUUUAAUGUUUUUUGUCUUAUAGUAUUUAUUUUGUUUUAAUAUUUUAUGUUUUUUACUGAAUUAUUUUGAUUGCCAAAUUUUUGUUCAUUAUUGUAAUUUUAUGUGUUUCUAAUAUUAUAAAUGUUUGAAAAAAUUAAAAUUAAAUUUAUACCUUUGUUAA